AUGGCGAUCUCACCUGAAGUCGCGGAGAUCAUCCGUCGCAAGAAGACGCAGUACUGUCGCUUCGCUGACCUCAACCAAUUCCAUCUCUUUGACAAGAUCGCACUCCCCAGCGCGACCUUCAAGUUCGCCGGCCGAGACAGCGAGAUACUCAAUGAGAACGGCAUCGUGUAUUCUUGGGAAAACCGUGAGACCUUCUGCGCUGCCUUCACAAAGGCAUUCGAGAACGUCCAGGUUAUGCACUCAGUCGGGCCAGGCGAGCUUGAGCAGACCGGUCCUGACGAGGUCAAGGCAGUUUUCACUGUCAUCUAUCACGUCGGCCCGAAGGGAACGAACCCCAAGAAUCAUGGAACGGGUGGGGGCCAUUACCACGAGACAUGGAAGCGCCAGGGCGACGACUGGUUCCUUGCAGACCUGUGGAUGCAGAGGCUGUACUGGAUCGAAAACAACUAA